AUGAAUUCUGAAGGCUUUGCUCUUGAUGACAACAAUCCAACACAAACUUUAUUGAUCUGUACGGGUGGGACCGAUGCCCCAACACCCUGCCCUGAAGGAACUUCCAACAGUGGAACAGGAAGUUCUACUAGUGGUGCCUGUGUAACUUGUGCUGCAAAUGCCAUCAGCCCUGCAGGAUCUACCUCGUGCACAGCAUGUCCUGCAGGCUACUCCUGUAGUUCUCCAAAUACACAGACUGCUUGUAGUUCUGGCGAGUUUUCAUUGGAUGGGGACUUGACCUGUACAACUUGUCCGACUGGUCACAAAUGUCCAACAACAACAGCAGCAUCAACGGAUUGCCCUGCUGGUCAGGAACCAGAUGCCGGCAAGACAGCCUGUCAAGCAUGUACACCGGGUUAUUACAGUUAUGACUCUGAUACUUCCUGUCAGUCAUGUCCCGCAGGAAAUAAAUGUCCAAACAAUCAGAUGACUGCACCCAUAGUUUGUGCCAGCGGUACCUACCAGACAGCCAGUGGUCAGACAUCAUGUGACAAUUGUCCAGCUGGGUCAGAAUGCUCGGACACCACUGUUGCUGCCACCUGUUUAGCUGGACAGUAUUCAGCUGCCAACUCUGUUAGCUGUACUUCGUGUGCUUCAGGAUUUUACAGCAUUGCAGGCCAGGAAAAUUGUACUGAGUGUCCAGAGGGAAAGGAAUGUUCUGUCCCUGCUAGUAUUGUUAACUGUACUGCAGGGACAUACAGUCAAGCUGGCCAGACUACUUGCUCAUCAUGUGCCACAGGUUCCUUCAGUGCUGCUGGAGCCUCAUCCUGUACUAGCUGUCCACAGGGUUACGACUGUAGUGAUCCAACACAAUCCAGUCCUUCACAAUGUCCACAGGGCAGCUACAGUUUAGCAGGACAAGCUGGUUGUACUGUUUGUGCAAGUGGAUUUUACAGCAUUGCAGGCCAGGGAAAUUGUACUGAGUGUCCAGUGGGAAAGGAAUGUUCUGUCCCUACUAGUAUUGUUGACUGUACUGCAGGGACAUACAGUCAAGCUGGCCAGAUUACUUGCUCAUCAUGUCCUGCAGGAUUUUACAGCAUUGCAGGCCAGGGAAAUUGUACUGAAUGUCCAGAGGGAAAGGAAUGUUCUGUCCCUACUAGUAUUGUUGACUGUACUGCAGGGACAUACAGUCAAGCUGGCCAGACUACUUGUUCAUCAUGUCCCACAGGUUCCUUCAGUGCUGCUGGAGCCUCAUCCUGUACUAGCUGUCCACAGGGUUACGACUGUAGUGAUCCAACACAAUCCAGUCCUUCACAAUGUCCACAGGGUAGCUACAGUUUAGCAGGACAAGCUGGUUGUACUGUUUGUGCAAGUGGAUUUUACAGCAUUGCAGGCCAGGGAAAUUGUACUGAGUGUCCAGAGGGAAAGGAAUGUUCUGUCCCUACUAGUAUUGUUGACUGUACUGCAGGGACAUACAGUCAAGCUGGCCAGACUACUUGCUCAUCAUGUGCCACAGGAUUUUACAGCAUUGCAGGCCAGGGAAAUUGUACUGAGUGUCCAGUGGGAAAGGAAUGUUCUGUCCCUACUAGUAUUGUUGACUGUACUGCAGGGACAUACAGUCAAGCUGGCCAGACUACUUGCUCAUCAUGUCCUGCAGGAUUUUACAGCAUUGCAGGCCAGGGAAAUUGUACUGAAUGUCCAGAGGGAAAGGAAUGUUCUGUCCCUACUAGUAUUGUUGACUGUACUGCAGGGACAUACAGUCAAGCUGGCCAGACUACUUGCUCAUCAUGUGCCACAGGUACCUACAGCAAUUUAGGAGCCUCUGCCUGUCUUCCCUGCCCGGCUGGAUCUAAUUGUACUGAUGCCACAGAUCAGCCUUGUGAUGCUGGCACAUUCAGUCUCCUUGGUCAAGGAGUCUGUACAUCAUGCCCUGCUGGAUAUUACAGUGCAGCUGGAGCGAGUUCUUGUACUAUCUGUGCUGCAGGAGAUGAUUGUAGUAAUCCUGCAGUCUCUUGGGCUGGCCCACCAGCCUGUGCAGCAGGAAAUUUUAGUCAGGAAGGGGAUUCUUACUGUCGUCCAUGUGACCUAGGACAUUACAGCUCUUCAGGUGCAAGCUCCUGUACCCAGUGUACAGCGGGACAUUUCUGUACAUCCACUACCCAAACCCAAUGUGGGGCCUCAAAGUACAGUGCUGCUGGUGCCACCUCUUGCGACACUUGUCCUGCAGGAUCUGCCUGCAGUUCAACCACCACGUCCACUCCUGCCCAGUGUUCGGCUGGAGAGUUUUCUGCCAGUGGAGCCACUUCCUGUUCAUCCUGUACUGCUGGUUAUGCUUGUCCACUGCCGGGUACUGUUACCCCUACGCCAUGUAGCAAUGGAACAUAUGCACCUUCUACUGGGCAUUCGUCCUGUGUGGACUGUCCCGCUGGUCAGAAAUGUGAUGAUGUAGCUGGUGCUGCCUCUGAUUGUGUACAAGGAUUCUAUAGUCCCGCUGGCUCUUCUAUAUGUACCGAGUGUGCUGAUGGAGAGUAUGCCGACAGUGUCCAAUCAGCCAGCUGUACAGCUUGUCCUUCAGGCUAUGAAUGUCCAAACAAAAACCAGUCACCAGUCCAGUGUGACCCUGGAGAAUACAGCACGGGUAGUCAGAACCACUGUACUGCAUGUUCUGUUGGAACCUACCAAGAUACAGCCGGACAGACAAGCUGUAAUGCAUGCCCUGCUGGUUCAGAAUGUCCAACCCUGACGGCUGCGGUGUCUUGCGGAAGUGGUUACUAUUCAUUGGGAGGUGAUGCUGACUGUGUUCCCUGUCCUGGAGGAUAUGCCUGUUCAUCGACUUCGUCCAGUCCUGUUGAGUGUUUAGCAGGAACUUAUGCUAGAAAUUUAAGCACCAGCUGUACCAGCUGCGAAGCUGGCUACAAGUGUCCUACCAAUGGAAUGUCUGAACCUAUCACCUGUCCGGCUGGCUACUAUCAGACAUCAACAGGCCAGCAGUCCUGUACUCAGUGUCCUCAAGGGUCCAUGUGUCCUAACCGCACAUUGAGUCCCACCCUCUGUCCAGCAGGAGAAUAUCAAGAUGGCUAUGGCCUGGAAACUUGUAAAUCGUGUGCGUCAGGGUACUACUACACAGGUACAGGUGCUAUUCAGUGUACCAUCUGUCCAGCUGGUUCAAAAUGUCCAGAUCCUACAGCUUCUCCAGUGGCUUGUGCUGCCGACGAGUACUCUGAUGCAGGGGCUGCCAUUUGUACAAGCUGUCCUACUGGUCACAUCUGUCCAAAUGGAGGAACACCUGUGAUCUGCUCGUCUGGACAGUAUUCCAAUGGAUCGGUAUGUAUCGACUGUGAAGCAGGUUUCUACUGCCCAAAUCCUCUUUCUGACCCAGUCAUUUGUCCAGAUGGUCAAUACCAGACAUCUACCGCUCAAACAUCUUGUGAUUCCUGUCCUGCUGGACAGUCCUGUCUGGAUAAAACAGCUGCAGCAGUUAACUGUCUGGCUGGUUAUUACAGUCCACUGGGGAUAUCAACAUGUGAGCUGUGUGAAAGUGGCUACUACAGUGCAGCUGCUGCCUCAUCUUGUACUCAGUGUCCAGCUGGUCAGUAUUGCUUUGAUGGAUCUGUGUAUGUGAGUCCAGCUAACUGUGCUGCUGGAACCUACAGUGCUCUUGGAGAGUCUGUCUGCACACCAUGUCAGCAAGGCCUGUACAGUAAUGCAGCCGCCUCCUUGUGUUCUGCAUGUCCAGCUGGUAAAAAUUGUCUUGAUGCAGCCAGUAUAGUGGACUGUAAUCCAGGAUACUACAGCCUUGGUGGAGUGACACUAGCCUGUACAAUUUGCCCAGCUGGUUACUCCUGCGCCACAACAUCCUCAUCUCCCACACCUUGUAGUAGUGGAAGUUACUCAGCCGCUGGAGCCACAUCCUGUACGGCGUGUCCAGCUGGUCAGACCUGCACUGACCCCACUGGGACGCCAACAUCCUGUCCCACUGGCUACUAUAGUGCUUCAGGGUCCACAUCGUGUCAGAUAUGUCCUGCAGGCUACAGCUGUUCAUCGUCUGGUACGACAGCAUGUAGUUCUGGCGAGUACAGUGCUGCCCUUGAAGUCAACUGUACAGUUUGUCCACUUGGAUACCAGUGUCCAUUCCCAUUUCUGAAGAUUGAAUGUUCAGCAGGCCAACACACAAAUGGCAACACUGGACAAACAUCCUGCACAGAUUGUCCGGCUGGCUCCUACUGUCCAGAUCCCACAGUUGUACCAGUUGCCUGUAGUUCUGGGGAGUAUAGUUUGGCCAAGUCCACUCUAUGUCAAACCUGUCCAGCAGGAUCUGAGUGUCCAACAGCUAGUGCCUCACCCACUCCAUGUACAGCUGGAAGCUAUUCUGGGAGUGGUUAUACAAGCUGUGUUUCUUGCGGUGCUGGAGCAUUCUGUCCAACUACUUCAGCUGUGCUUUCAGUACCCUGUGAUAGUGGAACUUACUCUAUUGGAGGUCAACAGGCAUGUACUGUAUGCCCUGCUGGAUCUGCAUGUCCAAACACUGAUGGCACUUCAAUUACUACUUGUACUGCUGGUACUUAUACUAUCCCAGGUUCAACUGUCUGUACUCCAUGUCCAGCUGGAUAUGAGUGUCCAAACACUGAUGGUAGUCAGAAUGAUCGGUGCCCUGCUGGCACCUAUGCCUUGUCAGGAGAUGGCGUAUGUACAACUUGCUUGGCAGGGAAAGCUUGUCCCUCGACUGAGUCCGACUCCUUAAUAGUAGACUGUCAACCAGGAGAAUAUGCAGUUGCUGGUUCAACAUCAUGUACAGAAUGUCCUCCUGGGUAUGAAUGUCCAUCCAUUUCUGCUUCUACAACAACCAUUUGUGCUGCUGGAACAUACAGUGUUGGUUCCCAGAAUGCAUGUACUGUAUGUCCUUCUGGAUUUGCUUGUCCUAGUAUUUAUGAAGACAUUCUCAAUCGUUGUCAACCUGGCUACUACUCUCUAGGUGGAGCAGAUUCCUGUACUGCUUGUGAUGCUGGCAAGGAAUGUCCUGACGCCACCAGUUCUGGAACCACUUGCUCUAAUGGAUAUUUCAGUCUGGGAGGUGCUGCAGCCUGUAGUAGGUGUACCCCUGGAUAUCAAUGUUCAGAUCCAAGCAUUGAUCCAGUCAUUUGUCCUGUUGGUACAUACAGUAUAGGUGGUACCACUGCCUGCUCAAAUUGUAACCCUGGGUAUUAUUGUGGAGAGGGAAGCACAAGUUCCAAUGCUACAGAAUACAUUUGUCCACUAGGAUAUUACUGUACAGAUGGAGGAACAUUGACCAAGUGUCCAGCUGGAAAAUAUGGUGAUGUGACAGGUCUCAUUGCUGAGACAGACUGUAAAGAUUGUCUGGCUACCUUCUACUGUCCAGAGGGAACUGCUGUGGCCCCAACUCUUCUUUGUCCACCUGGAUUCUAUUGUCCACUAGGUACAGCAGGACAAAAGGACAAUCCAUGUCCUGCAGGGUAUUUCAACAAGAUCGAAGGUGCAGCCUCACUGGCAGAAUGUAAAGGUUGUCCAGAGGGAUACUAUUGUGAUCCGGGUACCCCUGACUAUGACAUCGAAGCCCAAACCUGUCCAAGAGGUCAUUAUUGCGAAGCAAUAGGAGCCAAUAAUCCUAUACCAUGUCCAGCUGGAAAAUACACUGAACAAGGUUCUGCCAAACACAUUGGGGAUUGUAAAUCUUGCCCUGCUGGUCAUUACUGUCUAGAAGGGGGAGCCACACCAACGCCUUGUCCCCCUGGUACCUUCAAUGACAAGUUAGAUCAAGUUAACAUCACAGGUUGUUCACCUUGUACAUCAGGAAAGUCUUGUACCAUGUACGGACUCACAGAACCAAACUACCCCUGUUCUCCAGGGUAUUACUGUCCUGGUGGCAAUUAUGCACCAAAUCAAACAGAGUAUGCCUGUCCAGCUGGAACUUAUACCGACCAUACCAACUUGACUGCAGUAGAACAGUGUGAUUCAUGUCCAGAAUCUACCUCAUGUGCUGCUGGUACAGGUGGACAGCAGAAUCCCCCACAAGCUUGUGGUCAAGGUCACUAUUGUCCACUGGGUACCGGUUCCCCUACAGAGACUCCAUGUGCUGCAGGUAGCUAUACCAACCUUACCAAUCUGAAGAGUCAACAAGAGUGUUAUGUCUGUCCGAGGGGAUUCUAUUGUCUUCAAGGUUCCAUUCAACCCACUGGGGAGUGCUUCCAAGGACACUGGUGUCCGGAAGGUACACCAGCAGGUAAUUCCUUUCCUUGUCAUGCUGGCUCCUACAAUAACGUUACCAAGGUGGAUGCCUGGGAGAAAUGUGUUGAUUGCUGGGCUGGUUAUCACUGUGUCGCAGGCUCCAUACUGCCUGUAGCAUGUCCUAUAGCUACCUAUAACCCGGACACUAAAGGAGAGAACAUCACAGCGUGUUUAGCGUGUGCAGCAGGUUAUUACUGCCCUGUGGAAGCUGUAGUGGAUCCCCUUCCUUGUGAAAAGGGCAAUUAUUCUGACACAGGUGCAUCUGCCUGCUCUAGCUGUGAGCCAGGUUUUUAUUGUUCUAACAAUGCCACUAGUAAAGCAACCAUGGAAACUGACUUCAUUUGCCCUGGAGGUACUGAGUGUCCUGGAGGAGUGUCUGUUAGACCUGACCUGGUCGAUCAUGCUUGUCGGACAGGACACUACUGUCCCCGUGGAGAUGUCAAUCCAUGGCCCGUCCCCUGUCCUAAUGGGACCUUCAAUGGAGUUUUCGGCCUCAGUGAAGUGGGGCAGUGUGAAAGCUGUACAGCUGGAUAUUACUGUAAUCCUGAAGGUCUCAGUGCUGUUGCUGGAGAGUGUCCUGGGGGCUACUAUUGUCCCCCUGGCACUGGAUUUGAGUACUCUUUCCCUUGUCCUAUUGGAUUCUACAGAAAUGGGUCUGCAAGGGAGAAGUUUGAUGACUGUGCUGAAUGUGUGUCAGGAUAUUAUUGCUCAGUUGAAGGUCUAGCUACCCCUACUGAUUGCCCUGCUGGAUACUACUGUAUAACAGGUAGUACCGGCCCUUCACCCUGUCCCCUCGGAACUUACAGCAACUCUACUAAUCUUCGUAGGAGCACAGAUUGUACCCCAUGUCCUGGUGGUUAUUACUGUGAUGGCAUUGGUCGGACCGAGCCUACGGAUGUAUGUGAUGCAGGUUUCUACUGUAAGGAGAAGGCUUAUACAUCAGCUCCUCCAGAUGGAUUGACUGGAGGGGUAUGUCCAGCUGGUGGGUACUGUCCUGCUGGAUCUGCCGUGCCUACUUCCUGUCCAGUUGGACAGUACAGUAAGAGUGUCGGAGCCAAGACUGCAUAUGACUGUAUACCAUGUGACCCAGGCUUUUAUUGUGCUGGAUCUAGUAGUACCAACGCUUCAGAACCAUGUGCUCCUGGAUAUUACUGUACAGGUGGGGCAGGUACAGCAACACAAUAUGAUACUCAGGCAGGACACUAUUCCUUGUCAGGGGCUUUCAAACAAGAGCCAUGCCCACGAGGGCAGUAUCAGCCAACAGUGAGGUCUUCAGCAUGUUUGCUAUGUCCACAAGGAUAUUAUUGUAAUGGCACAGCUACUGUAAUAGAAAUCAUUUGUCCUACUGGUCACUACUGUCCUCUUGGCAGUGAGUAUCCUACACCAUGUCCAGUAGGUACCUAUCUGAAAGACUUGGGACGUUAUAAUGAAUCUCAUUGUACUGCCUGUACCGCUGGCCAGGCAUGUGAAAUGGUCGGUCUAUCAUCACCUAAUGUUUACUGUCAGGCAGGUUUCUAUUGCCAAGAGGGCUCCAAUGACUCGACUCCUGUAGGAUUGACCAUGGCUGACCUCUGUCCCCCUGGACAUUAUUGUCUUGAGGGAACUCAAUAUCCCACAGAGUAUCCCUGUCCUGCAGGAACCUAUUCCACAGCUUAUGGCCUCCAAGCAUCAGAAAACUGUACAGACUGCCCGCCUGGGGAGUACUGUAAUGGAACCGGUUUGACAGCACCCUCAGGACUGUGUGCUGCAGGCUUCUUCUGUAGUGGAGGGGCUUCGGUCAGUAUGCCUGAUGAUGGCCUGAGAUCAGGAGGGGCAUGUACACCUGGUAACUACUGUCCAGAGGGAGUAGGGACCCCAAGGAAUUGUACUCCUGGAACCUAUCAGAAUCAGACAGGCAUGGAUUUCUGUCACAAUUGUACAAGUGGUUAUUACUGUGCUGAGGAUGCGACUAUACAGCCAGAUUUAUGUACUACAGGACGCUACUGUCCAGAAGGAACUAAUCUCUACAGGCCGCUAUGCCCACCAGGGACCUACAACCCAGAUCUAGGUCUGAGCAUGGAGUCCCAAUGUAGACCCUGUGCUGGAGGCUACUCUUGCCAUAGUUGGGGUGCUGUCAACUUUGACUAUAGUCUAAAUGAUACGGGAACAGAGCCAUGUUCAGCGGGGUACUACUGCAAAUCAGGUUGUAAUGUGAGUACCCCAACACCAGAAACAACAAGUGGAAUUGGUGGUCCAUGUCCUGUUGGACAUUACUGUCUACAGCAGACUGAAGACCCCACACCCUGUCCAAACGGCACUUUCAGGGACACAAUUAUGGCCGAAAAGGUAGCAGACUGUCAAGACUGUAGUCUGGGACACUAUUGUGGUACUGAAGGACUCAGCAAUGUGACGGCACCAUGUGCGGCAGGUUUCUACUGUCUCCGUGGUAACAAUGACCCAAUGCCCAUAGGUGAUCAACCAGCCAUUGGUGGUCCAUGUCCAGUUAGCCACUACUGUCCAGAAGGAACUUCCAGUCCUUUGGCCUGUAACAGGGGCACAUAUAACAACCUUACAGGACAAGCAGAGUGUUUCUCUUGUCCAGCCGGCUAUUACUGUCCAGAUAACACCACUACCUAUGAGGAUUACCCCUGUCCACAAGGAUACUACUGCAUGAAUGGCACUGAGCUUGCCACACAAUAUCCAUGUCCAGAGGGAACUUUCCGCAAUGUGUCAAUGGGUCAGAGCUUAUCUGACUGUUACCCAUGUACUGCUGGUUCCUACUGUGGAGCACAGGGUCUAAGUGCACCAAGUGGAUUGUGUGAUGCUGGGUAUUUCUGUGUCCAAGGAGCAAAGACGAGCACGCCAACUAAUUAUAACAACUUUACAAGUGACGACUGUCUGUGUCCCAGUAACUCAACUGGUGGGGAGUGUCAGCCAGGAUUCUUCUGUCCUCAAGGCUCAUCAGAACCAACUCCUUGUACAGAGGGCUCUUACUGUGCUACACCAGGGUUAGCUGUAGUGACCGGAUCGUGUAAGGCUGGCUAUUACUGUGGUCUCAGUGCUACAAGAGAAGAUCCUACAGAUGGUAUCACAGGAAACAUUUGUCCUAUGGGGAGAUAUUGUGAGGCUGGAAGUACGACCAACCAAGCACACUGUCCCACAGGAACAUUCAACAACAUGACUGGUCUUACACAGUCCUCAGAAUGUACCCAAUGUACACAGGCCUACUAUUGCGGCUCUACCGGUCUCACUGAACCCACAGGACUAUGCUUUGAAGGGCACUACUGUCCAACUGGUCAGAGUCAAGGAAACCCAGUCAGCUUCACCUGUUCCACGGGCCACUAUUGUCCAGUUGGGGUAUUUGAAGAGAUCGACUGUCCAUCAGGAACCUAUCAGGAUCAGAAUGGUCAAGGCUCAUGCAAAUUUUGUGAACCAGGUUACUACUGCGAUGUGGCAAACACACCUGUGACCACCUAUACACCAUACCCCUGUCCUAUGGGCUACUAUUGUCCCAAUGCUACAGAAUUCUCAACCCAGUAUCCCUGUCUUGCUGGUACUUAUAGCCCUUACACCAUGCUGUCUGACAUCAGCCAGUGUACUCCCUGUGACUCCGGCAAAUACUGUGGCUCGGAUGGACUCACCAAUUACACAGGUGACUGUCUGGCUGGAUCCUGGUGUAUGAACGGAUCAGCAACAGCAACACCUACUGAUGGAGUGACAGGCCAGGCUUGUCCCAUAGGCAAUUAUUGUCCCCAAGGGACCCCUGUACCAGAGCCCUGCCCCUUGGGAACGUGGUCUAAUAGUCCAGGUCUAUCUACCUCAGGGGAAUGUCAGGAUUGCAGUGGAGGAUACUACUGUAAUGGAACAGGCCUGACUACUCCAUCAGGCUCCUGUGAUCCUGGCUUCUACUGCUCGCGUAAGGCAGUAACCCCGACACCAACUGAUAAUGGAACAACUGGAGAUCCUUGUACAAUUGGACACUACUGUCCUGGCACCACAGCCUCACCCAUUCCCUGCCCUGAUGGAACGUACAUGACCAACACUGGGGCAGAUGUAUGCUGGAAUUGUACACCUGGACACUACUGUAUAACAGGCCUCACCCCAGACCCCUGUCCACCAGGAUAUUAUUGUCCUGAGGGUACAGGAGUAUUGUGGCAGUCUUGUCCUCCUGGAACCUUCAGCAUGGAUACUGGACUGUGGCAUGUGGAUAACUGCACUCAGUGUACUGCGGGAAUGUAUUGUCACACAGCCAAUGCCACAUCUGUCACUGGGCCCUGUGACCCUGGUUACUACUGUACUCUGGGAUCAGACUCUGCCACGCCUGAUAUCAACAACACUGGUACAGCAGGGCCAUGUACAGCUGGUCACUACUGCUUACAAGCCACGGUGACGCCGACAGGAUGUCCAGUAGGAACAUACAGCAACCAGACCAAGUUGGUGCAGGCCAGUGACUGUAGCCAAUGUUCAUAUGGCAAGUUCUGUGGAUCUGUAGGACUUACAGAGCCAACUGGUGACUGCUGGGGUGGAUUCUUCUGCCUACUGGGGGCUUCUUCACCAAAUAAUCCAACCACUGAUGCCACAAGUGGACCAUGCCCAGCUGGUCACUUCUGCCCUAAUGGAACAUCAUACCCUCUUGGCUGCCCUGCAGGAUCUUACAACCCAAGUACUGGAGAAGCUUCGUGUACAGACUGCCCUGCAGGCUUUUACUGUCCAGAAAAUUCCACGGACUACUCUGGGAAUGUUUGUCCAUUGGGACACUAUUGUCCUGUAGGAACAGGCAGUAUGUAUCAGUAUCCUUGUGACAAGGGCUACUUCAAUGGUGUUACAGGGAAACAGAGUGUUGCAGAUUGCUUGCCCUGUGACCCAGGUAAAUACUGCGGCAGUAGUGGUCUAUCCUCAACAACAGGAGACUGUGCUGGUGGCUGGUAUUGUGUAAGAGGAGCAUGGUCAGAUCAGCCAACAGAUAUUGCUACUUACAACUCCUCCUACUCUGAUUGCUUCUGUCCAUCAAAUACUACUGGCGGUCAGUGUCAGCCUGGAGAGUUCUGUCCAGUUGGCUCAAGCCAGCCCACGCCAUGUACUACAGGUAAAUACUGUGAUGUUGUGGGAUUGACGAGUGAGGCAGGGCCUUGUAUGGCGGGAUACUUCUGUACUCUGGGAGCAAGCCGUGCAGAUCCCCAGAAUGACACCACUGGUGGUAUAUGUCCAACUGGACACUACUGUCCCCAAGGUACAGGCACACCAGAGGAAUGUCCUCCAGGGUACUUUUCUAAUGCUGUUGGGAACGUCGCUUUCUCUGACUGUCAGGAGUGUACACCUGGAUGGUACUGUGAGAAUUCUGGGUUGUCAGCACCAACAGCACAGUGCUCUGCUGGAUAUUACUGUCCAGCUGGUCAAAAUGUGAGCAAUCCAGUGGAAUACAUCUGUACACCAGGCCAUUACUGUGAGGCUGGAAGUCCCGUGCUUACCUCAUGUAGUUCAGGAACUUACCAAAAUGAAUUUGGACAGAGUGUGUGUAAGGAGUGUCCCGAGGGAUACUUCUGUGAUGGUACCACUCAGAACAAUACAUUCUGCUCCACUGGUGUCCAGAAUCCUGCGAUUUGUGAACCAGGCAACUACUGUCCCAAUGGUACAAAAUACUCCACUGAGUACAAAUGUCCAAAUGGAACUUACUCCAAUAGCACAGGUCUUAAGUCAUCUUCAGAGUGUACAGCAUGUCCAGGUGGUAAAUACUGUGGGAUUGAGGGCCUUGCUGCUCCAUCUGGUGACUGCCAGGGAGGCUACUUCUGUACAGGAGGGGCAGACACACCUACACCUGUUGAUGGUGUUACUGGUAACAUAUGUAAUGCAGGACAGUAUUGCUUGCCAGGUGUUGCUGUGGGAACUGAUUGUCCAGCUGGUACCUAUGGUCCCACUCAAGGUUUAACGUACGAAUCUGACUGUACAGGCUGUGACCCUGGAAAGUAUUGUGCAAUAGACGGAUUAACUGCUCCCACUGGUAACUGUACAGCUGGAUAUUACUGUACAAUGAAUGCAUCGGUUUCCACACCUGUAGACUCCACUGGAAAUGUUUGCCCUGUGCGCCAUUACUGCCCAGAGGGAACUGCUGUACCCCAGCAGUGUGUAGCGGGGACAUUUACCCUCGUUUCACAAACAGUUGCUUGCUCGACCUGUACUGCAGGGUACUACUGUGAACCAGGAUUUGACCCACAACCAUGCCCCCAGGGAUUCUACUGUCCUGCUGGGACAGGAUUGGUUUGGGAAACAUGCCCUGCAGGAACAUUUGGUGGGGCCACCAUGCUGUCCAAUCUCACCGAGUGUACACAAUGUACAGGAGGAUUCUACUGUGAUACAACCAACCUGACUGCACCGACAGGACAAUGUGCUGCUGGUUAUUACUGCCGUAGUGGUUCUAACUCUAUGACACCAAGCGCCUUGUCUACAGGAGAUGCUGGCCCAUGUCCAUUUGGUCACUUUUGUGUUGCUCAGACACAAGAGCCAGUUCAGUGUCCUGCUGGAACAUUCAACAACAACACCCUAUUGACUGCUGAGUCGGAAUGUCAGCAAUGUAGCCCUGGGUCCUACUGUGACAUUCCAGGUUUGUUCUACCCCUCAGGACUAUGUAAUGCUGGUUUCUACUGUGUGUUAGGCUCCAAUGCAUCAAGCCCCUCCUCUGUAUCAGCCACUGGAGGACCUUGCCCCAAGGGUUCUUAUUGCCCAGAGGGAUCCAGUUUACCUUUACAAUGUGAUGCUGGCACCUUCACUGACCAGGAUCAACAGUCCAACUGUACCAUUUGCCCUGCUGGCUCCUACUGCACCACAGGAAGCUCAAACACAACAGAAUGUCCUGCAGGUCACUAUUGCCCACAAGGGACCCAGUUCUCAUCACAGUACCCUUGCUCCAAUGGUACCUAUAACAGUUUUACAGGCUCCCACAACAUCACAUCCUGCUAUGUGUGUCCAGCAGGAUCUUACUGCCCUAACAUAGGUCUUCCUGCCCCUGCAGGACUUUGUACAGGAGGUUACUAUUGUUUACCUGGGUCCUGGGAUGCCUCACCUACAGACCCAAACAUUGGUGGGAAGUGUUAUGCAGGGAGUUUCUGCCCAGAGGGAUCAGAUGCUCCUAUCUCAUGUACUGGAGGCUAUUUCUGUGGUACUGACGGGCUGGCUAAUUAUACUGGGGAGUGUACUGCAGGGCAUUUUUGUAAUGGUAGCUCAACCUUGUCCAAUCCAGUCAAUGAGACAUUUGGUGACAUUUGUCCAAAAGGCCAUUACUGUCCAACAGCCAGUCCUUAUGCUAUUGCAUGUGAUGAAGGAACAUUCAACGAUAUGUUUGGAGCUCACAAUAUCUCAAGUUGUCUCCCCUGCACGGCUGGAAUGUACUGCUCAGGAAAUGGAAGGGAUCUACCAAAUGGUGACUGUGACAUUGGCUGGUUUUGCCCAGAGGGAAUGAUUGUACCACAGCCUGCAGGCAACAAAUGCUUGGCUGGACACAGUUGUCCAAAAGGUAGUGCGACUCAGAUGCCUUGUCCUUCAGGUUCGUAUCAGCCUCUGGAAGAGCGUGGUGAAUGUAUCGACUGCCCUGCAGGUAUGUACUGUGACAUGACUGAAGCUAUCAGUGAACAGCAAAGUGGGGUUUCAGCUCCAUCCCAUGGUGUGGUGACUCCCAAAGACUGUCCUGCUGGCUUCUAUUGUCCAAAUGGUACAAUGACUGACCGAGAAAAUCCAUGUCCAAUUGGGACAUUUAGCAACACCACUGGCCUCGAAAGUAUCGCUGAGUGUAAUGACUGUCCACCUGGAUAUUACUGUGAGAAUCAGAACAUGACAGAACCAUCAGGGAAGUGCCAUGCUGGGUAUUAUUGUGUGCUGAAGUCAAGUGCUCCAAGUCCUUCUGACAACAUCACUGGCAAUGUGUGUCCACAAGGUACGUACUGUGAGGAAGGUUGGUCCAGCCCCACACCCUGUCCUAAGGGAACGUUUGGCCACAGGAAUAUGCUACCAGCUUUGACUGAUUGUACAGCUUGUACACCGGGUCAAUACUGUGCCUCUCCUGGCCUCAGUGCACCUGAUGGACCUUGUUUAGCUGGAUUUUUCUGCUCCAAUGCUUCUGAAUCGCCUAACCCAGUUGGACAGACAUAUGGCGAUGAAUGUCCUGCUGGGUUCUACUGCCCUUCCAACAGUCAUGAACCUGUGGCUUGUCCCUCAGGUACCUACCAACCUAAUGUUCGUAUGACAAAUGAUUCUGCUUGUCUUAGCUGUGAGCCUGGAAAAUUCUGCAACUCCACAGGUGCCUCUGCAGUUGCUGGCGACUGUACUGCAGGAUACUACUGUAUUGGUGGAGCCAUUCAGGCAGAACCAACUGAUGGAAUCACUGGAGACAUUUGUCCUGCCGGCUCAGCUUGCCCUGGUGGCUCUCCCACUCAUAAUUUCUGUCCUAAUGGCACCUACACCAAUCACACUGGAGCAUCCAUCUGUUAUGACUGUCCAGAGGGAUAUUACUGUGUAAACCGUGAUCGAGCUGACUUGUGUCCACCCGGGUCCUACUGUCCAGCAAGGACCGGAGCUGACCUUCAGAAGUGCCCGGCUGGAACCUUUAACCCUGUGUAUGGCAUCUCUAAUGUGACACAGUGUACUUCAUGUACAGGAGGCAACUUCUGUCUGGUUCCUGGCUUGGCUGCUGUUAGUGGCCCAUGUUCUGCAUCAUACUAUUGUGAAAUUGGUGUGGACUCGGCAACACCCUCGGGUGCAAACACUGGAACUGGGGGGCUGUGCCCCUUGGGAUACUAUUGUCCAGCUGGCACAGAACGACCACUCCCAUGUAUUGCUGGUCAAUACAGUGACAGUCUAGGUCAGGAUGUGUGCUCCUCUUGUCCUGCUGGCUACUAUUGUGUAGAGAACUCCACCUCCUACUCUGCCCAGCCAUGUCCAAGUGGCUACUACUGCCCCGCCAAUACCACAGAUCCCUACCAGAAUCCCUGCCUCAAAGGGACCUACAACCCAGUGAACGGCAGUGAUGGUCCAGAGGACUGCCUCAACUGUCCGCCAGGGGAAUAUUGUCAAACUGAUGGUCUCUCACAACCGACUGGGAACUGUUCGGCAGGCUGGUACUGCCUUGGUGCUUCAGAUAAGUCACAACCUAACGACACUCUUAUUGGCAUGCAGUGUUUGGCAGGAACCUACUGUACCGCAGGUUCGGCUGGUCCGAUAGCCUGUGAUGGUGGGUCUUACUGCAUGCAUGACGGUCUUUCCCUACCCAACGGACCCUGCAGUGCAGGGUUCUACUGUAAUGGGAGUGACAUACAGCCUGACCCUCCAAACAAGGUGUGUCCAAAGGGUCACUACUGUCCCUCAGGAACCAAUACCCCAUGGCCAUGUCCAGCGGGCACAAUGUCCAACACCGAGGGUAAUACCAACCUGACAAAUUGUGAUCUCUGUCCUGAUGGAUUUUACUGUGCUGGCACAGGAAACACAAACUACACAGGUCAGUGUGCUCCCAUGUAUUACUGCCCAGCUGGUCAACAAUCAGCUACACCACCAGACUUCAACUGUACCAUUGGUCACUAUUGUCCAGGAGGAACUGGUCUGCCAUUGGCAUGUCCAGCUGGAUUUUACCAGGAUGAAACCAACAUGGCCAGCUGUAAAGACUGUCCACAGGGAAAAUACUGUGACCCACUGGAAGCUGCGUCCUGUUGUGGUAUGAAUAGUACAGGUGUGGUCACUCCAGCUGAAUGCCCAAGUGGCCACUUCUGUCUCAACAACACUGUCAGUGCCCAGAGCUAUCCUUGUCCUGUUGGUACAUUCAGCAACACGACUGGUUUAGAGAAUGCUUCCCAGUGUCUGCCUUGUAGUCCAGGUUUCUUCUGUGAUGCUCAAGGUUUGUUUGAGCCCACUGGACCAUGUAACGCUGGAUUUGUGUGUGUGUCUGGAUCCACUGUCGCCAACCCUACUGAUGGUGUGACAGGGUACGAGUGUCAAGUGGGAGACUACUGUCCUGCUGGAUCAGGUCAGGGUACCCAGUGUCCUCAAGGAACUUACAGCAACACUACCGGCCUCCAGAACAUCUCUUCCUGUACACCGUGUAGCCCUGGGAUGUACUGCGCUUCAGAAGGAUUGACAGCUCCUACAGGACCAUGUACAGCAGGGUUUUAUUGUUCUUUGGGAGCAAUAUCCCAGAGUCCAGUAGGACAGUCUUAUGGUGAUACCUGUACUGCUGGUCACUAUUGUCCCCAGGGAACAGGGACAGCCAUUCCUUGUCCAUCAGGAACCUAUCUACCAGACACUGGCAGGACCUCCCUGGCAGAUUGUCUGGAUUGUGCGCCGGGCAAAUACUGUGAUACAGAAGGACUUAUGAACUAUACAGGUGAAUGUGACCCGGGCUACUAUUGUGACCGAGCUGCAAACAGUAGUUCUCCCACAGAUGGCACCACUGGUGAUGUAUGCCCUGCAGGUUUCUACUGUCCCCUGGGAACAGCCAGCCCUAUUCCCUGUGCAGAUGGCACCUACAUGAACCACACUUUGGCUAGUUCUUGUGAUUCCUGCCCUGCCCGUUACUACUGUGUAAAUAAGAUCCAAGCUGACCCUUGUCCUGUGGGACGCUACUGCCCGGCCAACACUGGCUUCAACAUGGAACUUUGCCCAGCAGGCACCUACAGUGCAGUGGAGAUGCUGAUGCAGGAGAGCGAAUGUACUCAGUGUGAUGGGGGAUGGUAUUGUGACACCCCAGGACAGUACAAUAAAACUGGACUGUGUGCUGCUGGCUACUACUGUCAGAGUGGUGUUAACACAGCCUACCCCAGUAACAACAACACCGGGUUUGGAGGUGGCUGUCCAAUUGGUCAUUAUUGUCCAGUUGGUACCGUUGAACCUAUAGGCUGUGCUGCUGGAACAUAUGCUGACCUCACCCACCAGGCUACUUGUACAUCCUGCGAGGCUGGCUACUACUGUCCUGCUAACUCGACCACGUACCUCAGCACACCUUGUCCUACGGGCUCAUACUGCCCAGCAGGAACACAGUUUUCCACUCAGUUUCCGUGUCCUGCUGGUACCUACAACAACAGGACCCUGGGGCAAAGCCAAUUUGACUGCAUUUCUUGUACUGGUGGAAAGUACUGUGAUGGCACAGGUCUAUCUGAGCCCACUGGAGACUGUUCAGCAGGUUGGUUCUGCUCUGGAGGGGCGUGGUCAUCCCAGCCAUCGAUGUGGGUGAAUUCCUCAGACAUUUACAACUUUAAUUCCACUUGUCCCGUGUAUGCUCUCAACGACACAGGCGGUAUCUGUACUCCAGGCACCUACUGCCCCACUGGAUCCUCCCAGAAACAAGAAUGUUCCCUCGGAAUGUACUGUGAGACUUACGGAUUGGCAUCACCCACUGGAGAAUGCUAUGCUGGGUUUUUCUGCAAUAAAAGUGCCAGUAUACCGAACCCCACCCCAUGUGAUAUGGGACACUACUGUCCGAAUGGAACAACUGUACAAGUAGCCUGUGCCCCAGGAACCUAUUCAGAUCGUCAACAGAAUGUUAAUGUGACUGACUGCUUGCCUUGUACUGCUGGUCAGUACUGUCAGCAAUAUGGCCUAGCAGCACCUACUGGAGACUGUGACGCUGGCUACUUCUGUCCCGAAGGACAGGACUCAGCACGUCCUACAACCCUGGCCUGUAGCCCUGGACACUUCUGUCCUCAGGGGAGUUGGAACGAAACUGGUUGUCCAUCAGGCUAUUACCAGCCCCACUGGAAACAGAGCACCUGUGAUAAUUGUCCAGCUGGAUCAUACUGCAAAGCUUUUGGUGAUUAUGAGGUCUUGGAUGCCAAUACUACUGGAACUGGGAACUACACAGACCGGUACAGGAGUUAUCGUGGAGUAUCUGUGCCAAUAGCUUGUCCAGUAGGGUCAUACUGUCCACAGGGUACCAAGGAUGCAAACGAGUUCCUUUGUCCUGCUGGCACCUUCAGCAACAUGACUAGUCUCACCAACCAGACACAGUGUACACCAUGCACUGCUGGUAGCUACUGUGCUGGCGAAGGUAACACGGAGCCAACAGCAUUGUGUGCUGCAGGUCAUUUCUGUACACUAGCUGCCUACAACGCCACCCCCACGGAUGGUACUACAGGAGACAUCUGUCCUGCUGGUCGUUUCUGUCUGGCUGGCAGUGUCGUAGGCAAUGGCUGUCCUGUCGGAACCUUCAGUAAUGUCCAGGGACUGGUCAAUAGUAGUGAAUGUCAGGCUUGUACCCCAGGCCACUACUGUGGUCAAACGGGACUGACCGCUGUAUCAGGCACCUGCUGGGCAGGCCAUUUCUGUUCUCUUGCAUCACCUGAAGCUGCCCCUGUUGCUCAGAGUUAUGGAGAUUUAUGUCCUGCCGGAAACUAUUGCCCCAAUGGUACAUACGACCCACUCAAGUGUCCAUCAGGGACAUAUCUGGACGUGACGGGAAUGGGAGAUGUCGGCGACUGUAUUAGCUGUAGUCCUGGGUUUUACUGUGAGAGCAUAGGGAAGACAAAUGUAACUGAUCAGUGUAUGUCUGGAUACUUCUGUACUUUGGGAGCAAACACCAGUUCUCCAAUAGAUGGCACCACUGGUGACAUUUGUCCAGUUGGUCAUUACUGUGAAAUUGGGUCCACAAAAGCAGAGCCGUGUGGCAAUGGUACUUACAUGAACCACACAGGAGCUUCAGCCUGUUAUGUCUGCCCAGCAGGCUAUUACUGUGUGAACAGGGACCGUGCCGACACUUGUACCCAAGGUUACUAUUGCCCACAGGGCACUGGAGCAGACCUACAACCUUGUCCUACAGGAACCUUUGGAAACACAUCUGGACUGACACAAGAAUCGGAGUGCACACAGUGCACAGGUGGUUACUACUGUGGUACCCCAGGCUCACCUGAUCCAGAUGGAGGCUGUAUGGCUGGCUACUACUGUGAGUACGGAGUGGACACAUCCAAUCCAUCAUCAUCAGUAUCCCACAAGGGAGUAGGGCAGGAGUGUCCCGCUGGUUCUUACUGUCCGAAAGGAUCGCCUCGUCCCAUCCCAUGUCCUGCUGGAACAUACACCAGUGUUACAGCGAAGGGAUCAUGUGAUCAGUGCACACAGGGCUACUACUGUAUGGAAAACACCACCAUCCCAACAGAUUUUGCCUGUCCAGUUGGUCACUAUUGUCCAGCAGGUACACAGUACAGUACUCAGUAUCCAUGUUCAGCCGGCUCUUACAAUUCACUCACAGCACAGUAUGACCCAUCAUCCUGUCUCACCUGUCCUCCUGGCCAGUUCUGCAGUGGAGCUGGACUCAGUGCACCAUCUGGAAACUGCAGUGCAGGCUGGUUCUGUUCUGGAGGAUCCACCGAGUCUAAACCUGUUGUACUUGGCAACUUCAGCUCAGUUGAUAUGUGUAUGUGUCCGGAAUUUAACUACACUGGAGGGAAGUGUCAGCCAGGAACGUACUGCCCAGAAGGCUCCUCUGCACCAAUAUCCUGUACUGCAGGCUGGUACUGUGAUGACUAUGAACUUGCUACACCGAAAGGACAAUGUAACCCUGGGUUCUUCUGUCCUAUGGGCCAGACAGUAGCGAAUCCAUCAGCAUUUGUGUGCCUGGCAGGUCACUAUUGUGAGCAGGGAUCAGCCACCUCUACAGCUUGUCCAACAGGAACUUUCUCAAACUCAAGUGGUAACACCAAUGUGACAGACUGUAAACCUUGUACACCGGGGUCCUACUGUGACAGCCCUGGGUUGAUUGAAGAGAAUGGCUUGUGCGAUGGAGGCUUCUACUGUCCCGAGGGACAGACAACAGCAACACCCUCUGCCUAUGCUUGUCCAAUGGGAGACUACUGUCCUCAGGGCAGCGCUACUCCAACAGUCUGUGAAAGAGGUUCCUAUAAUUACUUGGCUGGUCAAGCUACAUGUCAGCCUUGUCCACAGAGGUUCUACUGUGAUCCCAUCGAGCUUGGUAAUGUGACAGGAAUUAUCAACCCUGUUAAUUGUCCUAGAGGCUACUACUGUCCUACCAGUACAGAAUACAACUAUCAGAAUCCAUGUCCAUCAGGAACCUACAGCAACUUUGAAUUACUGGCAUCAUCUUCGGAGUGUUCCCCUUGUGAUCCUGGUAAGUACUGCCAGACGCCCGGCCUGACUGCCUAUGAGGGACUCUGUAGUGCUGGCUAUGUAUGUAGCGUAGGUGCCAAUAGCUCUACACCAACUGAUGGUACAACUGGUCAGCCUUGUCCACAAGGCCAGUACUGCCCCGAAGGAUCCAGUACAGGAGAAUUGUGUCCACUAGGAACAUUUAACAAUGGUACAGGUCUGAGAUAUGCCAACGAGUGCAUUCCAUGCAGCCCUGGUUACUAUUGUCACCAAAUGGGCCUGGAGAACCCAUGGGACCAGUGUACGGAGGGUCACUACUGUGUGAGUGGCUCUUUAGAACCAGCACCUGUCAGUGCUUCCUAUGGUUAUACAUGCCCAUCUGGACAUUACUGUCCACGUGGCACUGCCUAUCCUGUCGAGUGUCCCAGAGGAACAUACCAACCAUCAACAGGUCGUAUAGCACUGUCAGACUGUGUGGACUGUACCGGUGGUAAAUAUUGUCUAGAGUCUGGUAAUGACACUGUCACAGGGGACUGUUGGGCAGGAUACUAUUGUACACUGGCAGCCAAGGACCCUAAUCCCACAGAUGGUACAACUGGUAACAUUUGUCCUAUUGGGAAUUAUUGUCCAGUCGGUUCAGUAUCACCAACACCAUGUGCCACAGCAACCUACAUGAACCAUACAGGUGCUGGAGCCUGCUAUCCUUGUCCAGCGGGCUUUUACUGUACAUCAGGAGACCGCGCUGAUUCCUGUCCUCAAGGGUCCUACUGUCCUGCUGGUACAGGCAGUAUCACCAUCCCUUGUCCUAUAGGUACAUAUGGAUCUAUGAUUGGACUUGCCAAUGAAACAGAAUGUACACAGUGUGUGGGCGGGACCUACUGUGAUAUAACCGGACUAACUGCACCUGCAGGCGGGUGUUCAGCUGGCUAUUUCUGUGUAUCAGGAGUGAGUAUACCUACUCCCAAUGUUGGCGUGUCGUUUACUGGAACAGGCGGCCAAUGUCCAGCUGGCUUUGAGUGUCCUCAGAACUCUACCUAUGCUGCUCCCUGCGGGCCAGGGAAGUAUGCACCUACAGCUGGCUUAAGCAGCUGUUUGGACUGUACCCAAGGGUAUUUCUGCGUGAACGCCACCAUUUCUCCAACUAUUUGUCCUGUUGGCUAUUACUGCCCUGUCGCUACAGAGUUUGACAUGCAGUAUCCUUGUCCUCCUGGCACCUACAACAACCUCACAGGAGCAACAUCAGAAUCAGACUGUCUUGACUGUCCACCCGGACAGUAUUGUGAGGGUGUGGCCAAUGUAUACCCAGAUGGAUGGUGUGAGUCAGGAUUUUACUGUGGGGGUCGAUCCCCAUCCAGUCGUCCGUACGACUCCGGAGCCCUCAACACCAGCACUGGAACCCUCAAUGACCUGUAUUCUAAUGACACAUGUGCUCCACUAUGGGAUUGCACCUGUUCAAACUUCACAAUGUCAACUGGUGGAAUCUGUCCUUCCGGCUACUACUGUCCAGUGGGCUCAGCGAAACCUGUACCUUGUGAUGGUGGUCAAUACUGCGAAACACCUGGACUGACUGUACCUACAGGUAACUGUACUGCUGGCUGGUACUGUGAUGACCGUAGCACUAUUCCAACACAGUGGAUCUGUCCUGCAGGCCACUACUGUGUAGAAGGUACCGAGACACCCACACCUUGUCCCACAGGUACAUUCGCCAACUCAACCAACCGGGCCGCCCUCAAUGAAUGUGACAACUGUACAGCUGGCAUGUACUGCGCAGGUUCGGGUAAUGUUGUGCCUGAUGGGAACUGUUCCCCUGGUUAUUACUGCCCAGGGGGUCAGAGUAGUAAUACCCCAUCGAGCUAUGUGUGUCCCCAGGGCCACUUCUGUAUAGAGGCUUCAGCAAACCCAGACAUCUGUCCUAAUGGCACCUACCAGAUUAACACUGGCGAGUCAACCUGUGACAUCUGUCCAGCUGGCUUUUACUGCGAUCCUCUUGGAGGUAGGUUAUCUCAGAGAUCAAUUAUACAUGGAGUACCUGUGGUCACUCCGUCACCAUGUCCAGUGGGAUACUACUGCCCGGAAGGAACAAUAGCAGCUCAGACUUUCCCCUGUCCAGCUGGAGCCUAUGGACCUAAUCAGUACCUCAGUGCUAUUGAAAACUGUACUUCCUGUACUGCUGGUUGGUACUGUGAUCAGGCUGGUUUAUCUUCACCUGUUGCUGAGUGCUGGGGAGGAUUCUAUUGUACAGGUGGCUCCGAUUCUAGAUCACCUGUUGAUCAUUUGGUGAACCAAACACAUAAUGUGACCUUCACAGGAAAUGACCAGUGUCCAACUGGCUAUUUCUGUCCUAAUGGAACCACAUACCCAAUACCUUGUCCUCUUGGAACCUUCUCCACAAGGAUACAGAUGAGUUCUGAAAGCGAGUGUGAACCAUGUCCAGCAGGUCGCUACUGCAACCAGGCUGCCUUCACCAAGGUCACUGAAGCACUCAACUGCAGUGCAGGAUAUAUCUGUACUGGUGGUGCGUCACAAGCAGUUCCCAAUGCCACAGAAGGCUAUAUCUGUCCAGUAGGACACUUCUGUAUCUCAGGAGCUUUGGUGGAAGAAGGAUGCGCCAUAGGGACUUACCAACCCAAUUUAGGACAAAGUUCCUGUCUUUCAUGCCCUGUCAAUAAGAUGUGCCUCAAUUCUAACAUGUCCACCCCUGAGGAUUGCAAAACAGGUUACUACUGUGAGGCUGCUACACCUCCAAUCCCAUGUCCAGCUGGAACAUACAACAACCUGACUGGAAUGGGACAGUUAUCUCAAUGUACUGAUUGUCCUGUUGGACAAUAUUGUCUUGGUCUUGGAAACAGUGUUCCCACAGGUGACUGUGAUGCGGGCUACUUCUGCCAGGGUGGUGCCUUUGACCGAUAUGCCAAUGCCUCUGCAGCUUACCCAGACAGUGGACUGUGCCCAGUGGGUCACUACUGUCCAGCUGGCACAGCUUUACGGGUACCAUGUCCAGCAGGAACGAUCCGCAACUUCACAGGUGCUGCAAGUGCAGAUGAUUGUCUACCUUGCACUGGCGGUUACUACUGUGCCAAUCCAGGUCAGACAGAGGCCACAACAAAGUGUUCUGCAGGUUUUUACUGCCCGGCUAACCAUUCAACAGUUCAGGCCUCUCCCACAGAGUUUACCUGCCCUGCUGGCUACUACUGCCUGGAAGGAUCUGUUGCCCCUAUUCCCUGUCCUGGUGGUCAGUACCAGGACAAUGUUGGUCAGUCUUCCUGUGUUGACUGUCCUGAGGGUUACUAUUGUGUAGGAUCACUCAACCCAGAGAAGAAGGUCUGCGAGCCAUACAGUUUCUGUCCAGCUGGAAGUCAGUACCCCACACCUUGUGCCAAUGGAACAUUCACCUAUGCCAAUAUGACUGGUCUAAGAUCACAGGCUGACUGUCUGCCUUGUCUAGCUGGCAACUACUGCAGAAAUGGCCAGCUGUAUGAAGCCUGUGCCUCAGGUUAUUACUGUAAAUCUGGAUCCAAGGAUGACAUGCCAACUGUUGUCACCAACUUCACCUGUUCUGCUAAUGAUGAGUGUGCUGGUCUUUGUCCCAGUGGCCACUACUGUCCACUUGGAAUCCUCGAUCCAAUUGCAUGUCCUAAUGCCACUUAUCGUGGCCAUCCAGGUGCUGCCACUGUGUCUGAUUGCAUCAUAUGUCCGGCAGGAUUCAUCUGUAAUGAAGGAACAUCUGUCCCAGAACCGUGUACUAGAGGGUACUACUGCCCUGCAGGCAGUGAGAAAGAACCCUGUCCACUCCUGAGCUACGGUAAUGACACUGGAGCCGCUGUCAUCACUGACUGUCCCCCAUGUCCUGCUGGAUACUAUUGUAACCAAACAGGUAUGGCUGAUUAUAUAGACUACCCCUGUCAGGAAGGCUACUAUUGCCUUGAAGGCCAGGAGCCUUCUCUUUGUCCAGCUGGUAGAAUGCGGAAUGGCACUGGUGCUGCAGCCUACACUGACUGCGAACUUUGUCGACCAGGCUACUACUGUCCUAAUGAUACAAUUAACACCCAGGGGAUCCCUUGUAAUGCCAAAUAUGAAUGCCCAGCAGGUUCAUCCUUGGAGGAGCUAUGUCGACCAGGACACUACUGUAAUGCCACUACUGGAACACCACCAAUCUGCCCUGCUGGCUACUACUGUUUCUAUGGUACAGAUGUACCAGUAGAAUGUAACUUUCCUGAUUUUUGUCCUGAAGGUAGUAACAUGACCAUGAACUGCAAUCUUGGAUACCGUGCCAUACCCCACUCUGGCAUUAGAUAUGAUGAAGCUCAAUCCUGUGACAUCUGCCCUGCCGGAACCUACAGUAACCAAACAGACAGGGCUCAGUGUCUUCUAUGUCCACCUGGAUACUGGUGUCCUGAAGGAACAGGUCAUGGGGACAGCAAUCCUUGUACAGCAGGUUACUACUGUCCGGAGGGAUCGUCUGCAGAAACUCCUUGCCCAGUAGGAACUUACGGUACCACAUUAAAGGCAAGCAGUUCUGCUAGCUGUACUUCAUGUCCCUCUGGCUCCUUCAGCAAUGUAGCAGCCUCUAUACAAUGUAAACUAUGUGGAAGUAACGCUUACUCCCUUGACGAUCGAUCAUCCUGUGCCUGUCGCGGUCUGUACCGUCAGUUCCAACCAUCAACAGGUUUUUGCGUUUGUAAUGCUGGUUUUAUGUACUAUGAUGAAUUAAAUGUAGCACAGCAAGAGGGAGACAGUGAUACAGACUGUCAGAGAAUUGUGGAUGACAAUUGUGCAUUAAGUGAAGCCAGAAAUGCAUUAACUCGCGGGUGUGUGACUUCCUCAAAUGUAAAUUGUGAUUCCACAUGUGAUCCGUCCGGAACAGGACCAGCAUUCUUUGAUACUGAAUUUGGCGUAUGUCAAUGUGCAACUUAUCAAGAUCCGGAUACCAUCUGUAAUUAUGUGUGUCGAAGUACCACCAUGCCAACAGUUACUAUAGAGCUUUCCUCGACCACUGGGGAGGUCAGUGCAGUGACCAUAGAUCCAGUCACUGGCACCAGCAGUACACAGCUGUUGACCGAUGUCUUAGGUCCAGUCUCUGGUACUGCUGGAGCAAAACAGAGUGUUGUUGUAAACUUCUGGAAUGUCGGUGUUACUGGCUCCCUGUAUUCUACUGCUGCUGAGUCAUCUUCUGCUUUAGGAGUUCCACUUCCAACGCUUGGAGUUUCUGGACGUAGAAGACGUCUUUUAUCAACUACUGUUCCUUCAAACCAGAUCUUCAACCCUGCUUUAUGUAUUGAACUGAAUGAAAUGGUUGUGUUCAAUAUAUGGUUGAACUCCACAGAUCGUACGAAGAGUCACUAUCCAGUCUACCUGCCAAAUAGUCUUUUCUCCUCCAACAGCAACUUCGAUUAUGGGGCAUUUACAGAACUCAAGACUAAGAUUGAAACUACUACUCUGGUGAUCAACUCCUUCCUUCAUGUGUUCAUUGAAGCGGGCACAUAUGUGUUCCAGGAUGCACAAGACAUCAACAGUUUGGUUUACAUCAGUGUCAUGCCUGCGGGGACCACCUGUGAUCCUUCCACCUCUCGCAUAGUCAGUGCCACAACAGCCAAUUUGGCUGCUCUUGGCUUCUACAAAGCUGACCCAGAGAACUUAGCUCCAGACUGGGGACUCAUCAAAGGUAUGAUUGUGUUUUUCGCCAUCCUGGUACUGCUGCUGGUGGUGGCUGUCAUCGUAUGGCGCCCAAGGGAGGCAGGCAUCUAUCCCAUGAAACACUGGAAGCCUGCUUAUCGCAGUCUAGGCGAGCCACCACCUGUACCACUGUUUAUGAGAUACGACUCCGACCAUUGGCCACACAAGGAGGGAAUGGAGAAUGGUGCUUUAGAGAUGAGAAGCUCUGGUGAUGGUGCAGAAACUGAUGUUCUCGUUUCUAUGGGUGUCAAGGGAGAAGAGGAUUUGGAGAAUUUCAAUGUCAGAGUUUUCUACGACAAACUGGAAGAUCAAAACCUUCAUCUGGCAUCACAAUUAGCUCGACAACAAGAAGAUCUCCGUAGUUUCUAUGAGAGAAUCUGUGCUCAGAAUGAGGAACUCAAAAACCUUUUACAAAACAUGGAUCCAGCACAGCUGGAAGCUUUGGAGGCGAGAAUGGCAGCCCGCAGCCAGCAGGCUGGUCUGACGGGUGCUGGGGACAACAUAGCUGCCAUCUCAGCUGGAGGUCAAAACAAGUACAAAUUUGCAGGUGGAAAUCGUGAAGCUGAACUCAUGGCUGCCUUACAACUCUUGCUGGACAAGUUGAACACCGGCAAUCUUCCUAUCAAUCAGCAGAGCUGGGAUCAGCUGCAGAAAGGAGGAACUGCUGGCACAGGGGGCACCAUGUAUACAACCAACAUAGAUGUAGGAGGCUUCACAGGCGGGACAGGAAAACAGUCGGAGUUGCUAAGGAGACAGAAUGGAGAACGUUUACAGUUGGAACGUGAACUGGACCAGGAGGAGAGAGAUGCAAUCAGCAAACUUUUGACAACUGAAGAAGAUAAACGUAAAGACACAGUUGAUCAUCAGUUAGGAGGACUAGUCAAUCGCCUCCAUGGUGACAUGAAUGAGAAGCAGGUGAAAGACAUUCUUUCUAACUACGAGAAAGAUUAUGAGAGCACUAUGAAUAAACACAUGACCGACAAAGAGCGACAGGCCUACGACCUGCGACGACGACUUGAGGAGAAGAGAAGGAGAAAAGAAGCCCAACUGAGAGAUAAACACUCUAAGGAGGCGGAAGAAAAUGGACUUCCGUCACCUGUUGAAGGCGAUGCUGGUCACGCCGGGAAAAAAUUGCGCCGCUGGGAGGCGCUACUCAACACUCUGCAGGCAGAGAAGGCUGCUGGUUCAGCAAAAGCAGAAACUGACCUUGAUAUCAGUGUGAACGAGGAGGAACGCAAACAGAUGGACAACAAGCUCCAAGAUGAACUGACCAGGAUGACGCAGGACGGAAUCUUGUCAGCAAAGCAACAGGAAGAGCUUCUCAGGAGCCAUAUUGAAAACGAGAAGAAACUGGCUCGUCACCAUGACAACCAACGUAAACAACAAAUUUCAGCCCUGCAGGACAGGAUUGCUGAACGACGCAAGAAGAGGCUUGGCAAGCUGCAGGAUCAGCAUGAAGCCGAGCUUAGUGAGCUAUCUGCCAAGCUUAUUGAACAAGGUGAGACUGGUGACCUGGAGAGGGAGCUGGAAUACCUUAAACAGCUACAUCUGCAGGAAAUGGAGUCUGCAGAGGCAGAAAUAGAUGCUGAGGAGAAAGAGCAUAUCCAUCGUAUCAACAAAAAUCUGGAAGAAGAACAUACUCAGGGCACCAAGCAGAAACACAGGGACAUUCUCAAACAGGUGAACCAAAUGUGCCCCGAGGCCAAACAGAUGGCUUUACAACAUGUGAUGGAGGACUACCGACAAAACAUGGAAUCUCUUGACCAGGAACUGUCUUUAGAACGACAGAGACAUCUCGGUGACACACAGGCUAAGUUAGAAGCCAGACGAGCCCGUCGAUUGGCUGAGGCUCAGCGUCGCAUGGAAGAGGAAGAGGCUCAACGAAUCAUCUUGGAGCAAAAUCGACAAAUGAUGCAAGGUGAUGGUAGGGUUGGUGCUGUUGGUGUGCCUGACCUCGCCCAUGUACCUACAGUCAGCUAUGGGGACUCAGUGGAGGAGAAUGCUCUGAAAAAGGAACAGGAGAGAGCAAAAGAAGAGAUGAAGAAGCGUCAUAAACAGGAUAGGGAAAAGUUAGCAGAGAAGCUUGCAGGUGAAGAUGGUAAUCAGGAAAAAGAUGCAAGAAAGGAGCUGGACUCCGAAACAGAGAAGAUUCUGCGAGAGAAACGGAAUAGGCAGGCUGCUGAAUUGGCAGCACGCACUGACCUGUCUGAUGACCAAGUUAAGGCGAUGAUGGCCGCCCAUGAACAGGAAUUAGAGGACCUUCAAGAAAAACUUGAAAAUGACCGGAAUAGACAACUUCUUACCAUGCGUGAGAGACUUAAUAACCGUCGCCGUCGAAAGAUGGAUGAACUCAGAAGGAAACAGGAAGUGGAAUUAACGAAGGAGAUGAUUGAACAGAAGAAAGACCUUGACGAUAUCCAUCUCAAACAAGCUAAAGGUGUAGAACGCAAGGCUAUAGAGGAGGGCAUCAAACAGAAUGGAGAGGAGGACAGUGACAAGGUUGUCCGGGCUGUUCUGGCACAGAGACAUGCUCAGGAAAUGAAAGACUUGGAGAAGCAAUACCAGACUGAAAAGAAGAUGAUGAUUGAUGAUGCACUAAGUAAACUCCACGAUAAAUAUGACAAGACUCGCGACGACAUGGCUAGACGUCAUCAAAAUGAACUAGCUCAGCUUCAGAAAAUGGGCCUAAGUCCAGAAGAACUACAGUACCAACGUACACAGCUGCUGAACAAACAACAGAUGGAGAUGUCUGAUCUAGAUAAGAAGAUGGCAGAGGAAGAGAGGGAGAUUGAAAAAGGAGCACUCAGCGACUGGGAGGUUCGCUAUGCACGUGCUAAACUCAACCUGAAGGAGAAGCACUACAAGGAGUUUGCCGAGGCCUUGAAACAUUUUUCGCCCGACCAUGAUGCCAUAAAGGAUGCAGAGGCCUCAAUCGAGGAUCUAGAGAAAGUCAAAGAAGAACUAAACUCCAAACGCAAGGAACACCAGGAUCUUCUGAAGAAGGAAAAGCAAGAUUUUGAGAAGAGUGAGCAACGCCGUAUUGAAGCAGAAAUGGCACAUUUUGCCAAACAGUUGGAGGAAGAAACAAAGAAAGAAAAAGAGAAAUAUGAACGCAACAUUGAAACGCUCAGCAAACGGAAGGAAGAUCUGAUCAAGGAGCGUAAACAGAAGAUGAAGGAAGAGAUAGACAAGCUGAAGCAGGAGGGUGGUAGUGAAGAGGAACAGCGACGACUCAUAGAGCAACAUGAACGUGACCUUCAGAACAUCCUUAACAAGAUGGAAGGUGACAAGAUGAGGCAGCAGAGCAAUCUUCAGGAACGCCUCAAAAAGAAGCGAGAACAGAGGAUGAAAGCAAAGGAAGCUGAAAUCCGUAAUAACAUGGAUGAAAGUAAACAUGAACUUGAACAACGCCAGCGGAGUGAGACCAACAGGAUUAAAGCAGACGAGGCACUGACUAUACAGGAGAGUAUCAACAUUGAUCAGGCUAUGCCCAUGACCCGCCCCAGUACUGUGGGUAAAGCAGCUAGCCGGCCUUCCUCACCCAUAGUGGAACGGGAAGCACCUGUUACCACAGCACCAAUGCCUCAGUCCUACCAAAUGGCAGCACCUCUGAAUGAGGCAGAACUCAUGACUCUUCUGAUGGCAUCACCGAUGUACCAGAAACUGGAACAGAUCAAGAAAUCUGUAUCAGACGGUACCCACAAGUCUCCAAAACACAAAAUGGAGGAAGGUGAAGGUUACCAAGAUGUUAAGGAUGCACAAUGGGGACAGGACGGAGAACUCAAACCUGUUGACCUCAAUACCCUCAAUGCUCGUACCUUCAUAGUAUACAAGUUUGGCUGCUUCAUCUCACAGCUUGUUUCAUCACGCUGUCGUCACUCUCCAGUGACCAUUCUCCUCGCUGACAAGAUUCCUUCCAAUGGACAAUUGUCACGUAACCCCUUCAGGAACUCGUUCCAUUAUGACGCUAACAAUAGGAUUCUAUAUGUGCGUACAGCAAGGCUGGAAACAGUUGGUGACUUUGUUGUGGUACUAGUCCACACAUUAGCACACAUCAAAGCAGGUGACUUGAGGGAUGACAAUAAUCCAGAUUUUAUACGCGAAUAUCACCGAGCGUUAGCAGUUGUCUGUGAUGAUCUGUUCUUCGCCCGAUAUCGCCGUUCUUCUACUCUCACUCAGGCCUUGGCCCACACCAACAGUGGUGUGAAUGUAGAACAAGCUGCAUUACAACUGCUCCAGGCAAUGUUCGGUGACUGUCGCACUGAGGAUGAGAAAAUACACAUGGUGGAAGACCUCCUGGAUGUCAAACUUCUUCCUGGCACUAACUUGGAGGGUGUGCACUUCAACAAAGACAGAAUGCACGAGAGAUUAUCCAAGUAUUCCAGUUUCUCAUCCAUGACCAAGCUGCAGACAAUGCUUGGAGGCAUGGAGGACAAGAUCAAACAGGCCAAAGGUCAAGGGUCAAGUCGAGGUGUUGACCUUCAGCUGGCUUCUCUCAGUCAGAGAUAUUCCACAGCUGGUACAACUGUUCUGACAAGAUUACCUCCCUUCCGAUUUGUCACUGCUAACAUGACUGGACAGGCCCUGUGGGACACUUUCGUUAACAGCCAAGACAAUAAAGAUGAUGUCCCUGUGGAAUCAGAACCAGUCACAAAGGAUUCUUUGGAGUCACUGCAGGACAAGUACGAUGGUUUAUGUGCAGACUUCUCAACAGUCUCACGUGAACUCGUCGACCUUCAGGAGGAAGUGAAGGUCAUGGAGGAGGAAGAAUCCAAUAAACCUAAGUCUGCUAUGGCUAGGUCAGGAGAGAGUUUGUCAGACAAGAAAUCCCAAGUGAUGAGAUUAGAGAUGGAGAAAAACAAGCUCAAUGACCAAAUGAAAGCUUGUACGAGAGACAUGGAACAAAGGAAGUGUGGCCCCACUCCACACCAGGCUGUGGCAGUGAAAUUUGCUGACAGUCAACAGACAAAAUCAAAAAAGAAAAAGUAGUGACUUUACCGGUAAAGACAAUGGACUUAGAUUAUAUCUAAGUUCAUGCUUGGAACUGUAAUGUAGAAAUGUGACGCAAAAAUGUGACGCAUCAGGAACACCCAUUAAAGACAAUAUCAGAUGACGCCUCAUAGGUGAUUCCCCUCAGACAUGACGACAACUUAGGAUUGUCUCUACAUAUAUUGUUAUUGUUAUCAUACUGAACUCUGACAAGAGUCAUAUUGUUAAAUCAGGAAUGUCUACCAUUUAAAUGUUAUUGUUUAUAAUUGUUAUUUAACAGUUGUACAUGUAUU